UCCUAAUUACUCAAUUAGCAGCUGGCUCCAGGUGUCCCGGAGCCAUUCUCAGCCUCAGGUGUGGCGGCAGCCUUCAGCAGCUUCCCGGUGGGCAGAGCGAAGCGGAGCGGACCGGACCAUGUCGGCGGCUCCCGGACGGAAGAUGAUGGCCUGGGUUUGGGUCGGUUUGGUGACUCUAGCCCGGCUCAACACGUCACAGGACCCGCACCGGGACGCGGACGGAGGGUUGGGCGGCCUGGAGCCGCUGUUCUCGGAUUCUGAGCCGCCAGUAGAGACCCGGGGCGGGGGAGGAUUCUUCCCGGUGCCGGUCUGGAAGUUUGUGAAAGAGCGAGGUGACGGUGGAGAGGGGUCAGGGUUCGGGCGGCCGCAGUAUCGCUGCAGCGACAGAUGGUUGUCUGUUCGCUUCUCGCUCGUCCGACACUCUGAUCUACGCCUGCAAGAUGGGAGGAGGUUGUCGUCGCUGCCGGACCGAUGUCAUGGUUCUGUUCGUACCUUCGGGCCGUGGCUGCUGCUGAAGCUCCCUUAUACCAGCUGCCAUAUGGUAUCAUGGUAUUCAAAUGGAACGUGGUUUCGCCAGUUGAAGCUGUGUUACUUCGACCACCUGCUGCAGGCGAACAUGACUAGUGUGGUCGCCUGCGAGAAUCCUGCAACGUCACGGCAGCCGGUGCCGCCACUGGUGUCUUGCGGAACUACCGAUGUUGCCGUGAAACUGCCUCUAGGAACAAGACUGCAGAGGGUAAAAGCUCUGGGGAAAGGUGGCGUAGUUGAGAGGGCGCUCACCACAACGACCACAGGUGCAGUGUUUGUGCAGAUACCAACAUCAGCGGACGCGGAUUCCGUCUUCGAACUGAUUUAUUUUGACUCAGCUGGAGAAAUGUCCACGAUGCUGGCAGCUUGUUUCCGUCCACUAACCCCAAGCGGGCGGGAUCGUCACCCAAGAGCUCUGGAAGAACCCAACCUUUGGGAGCUUUGGGACUUUGAGGAGGUUCCUCUUGAACCGUACAGUCCAGAACCGACAGAGACGACGGAGGCUCCGUGCGAUGGAGGCGCGACUACGGUACCGACACAGAUGACGUAUGCUGACGCAGAAAUCUUUGAGUUGUGGGGAUUCGAUGAAAUUCCUGAUGGGCCAUAUACUGGCGAGGAAACUACAACAGCUCCCCUCACCACAGCGACCGCCUCAACAUCCGCUGCUGCCUCAACGACCACCGUUGGCACGAUGACCACAACCAGUUCUUCUACCACUGCGAGUGCUGCCCCGUCUACCAGCGACACCACCAGCGCCGCCCCGACAACCACAACGAGCGCUACAACCACCACGAGCACCGCCCCGACUACCACCACGAGUGCCACCACCACCACGAGCGCUGCUACCACCACGAGCGCUGCUACCACAACGAGCGCCGCCCCGACUACCACCACGAGUGCCGCCACCACCACCACGAGCGCUGCUACCACAACGAGCGCCGCCCCGACUACCACCACGAGUGCCACCACCACCACGAGCGCUGCUACCACAACGAGCGCCGCCCCGACUACCACCACGAGCGCCACCACCACCACGAGCGCUGCUACCACCACAACGAGCGCCGCCCCGACUACCACCACGAGCGCCGCCCCGACUACCACCACGAGCGCUGCUACCACCACGAGCGCCGCCCCGACUACCACCACGAGCGCUGCCACCACCCCCUAGAGAGUGGUGCCCCAACUCUCCAGUCCGUUCCCUCAGCAACUCCCCCACACUGUGUCGUUUUGAAAUAAACCAAAGCUUCGUAUCAUGUGAA